CGGGCCAUGUUGUAGCCCUGAAGAGUUUUGUGACGGACGACAAGAGUCUGCUCAGCUUUAACAAGGGUGACAUCAUCAAACUACAGCCAAUCGAUGGACUGCAGGCAGGCUGGAAGUUCGGCACCAGUGGAGGACGCUCCGGUCUGUUCCCGGAGGAGCUGACCCAGCCGUCUGCCGCCCCAGACUACCACAACCUUCACCGGGACCAAAGAGACUUCAGGAGGAAGAGCAUGAGGUUGUCUAAGAAUGUCCCUCCACCCAGGGAUGCACCUCCAAGAAUCACCGUCAGUGGACCCGUCAGCGGACCCGUGGACAGACCCGGUCCGGAGGGGCCCAGCAGAGAGGCCUCACGGCCCAGCUCGGUCCAGGGGUUCACGCAGAGAUCAGCAGCGAGCUCCGAUCCGAGUUCCAUUGAGGAGGCGGCGCCCCCGUCCAUUAUGGCCGACUUUGCCAUGAAGUAUUUCAGAGUGGCCACCACGGGUCUGCCCAUCAGUGGGAGGAGCUUAAAGGAGGCAGUUCAUCAUUCAAAUGUCCCCAUCCAGGAGUCGCUCAUCCUCUACAACGAUCCUGAACUCAAUGAUUUAUCUCUUGUGUGCUUCACAUACCUCAUGGAGUUUAUGGGUGACAUCCCAGCGGACAAGAACAGCAGCCAAUCAGACUGCCUGAAUUACAUCCUGCUGCUUGGGAAGGAGAAGGAACUGCUGAGAGAUGAAAUCUACUGCCAGGUCAUCAAGCAAAUCACUGACAACUCAACCAAAUCCAGCAGCACCGCUGGCUGGCGACUGCUGCUCCUCGUAACCGGCUUCUUCCCCUGCUCAGCUUUGCUGCACCCGUACGUCACCCGCCACCUGAACGACAUCUCUGAGGAUUAUGAGCACCCAUACCAAGAGUUGGCAGGCGUGUCUCUGGUUAACCUUCAGAAGUCCGUGGCUCUCGGUGGUCGCCGCAACAUCCCCUCACAUGUGGAGAUGGAAGCUAUCCUGGCUGGUAAAAACUCUCGGUGCAUCAAUAUUGAGUUGCCAGGAGGAGCAGAGUUCCCUGUGAAGAUUCAGAGCUUCAGUGUGACAGUCGAUGUGCUAACACAGUUCUGCAAAGGAAUGGGCAUCUUAGAAGUAACUGAAAUGAAGGAGUUUUCCAUCCUCGUCAAGAGACUUCAGGAUGGACUGGUGCGUCCCCUCCACGCUGACGAGUACCUCUUCGACUUCCUACUGGACGACAGCUCCAUCUCCUUGUCUCUGAGGAGAAUCAUCUGGGGAGCCCCUCUCUCCUUUAACAAUGACCUCUAUAUAGAUUUCCACUAUUGGCAGCUCUUGGAUGAGUACCUGAGUGGAAAGCUCAUGCUUCCUGCUCACGCCGGAGGCUCGUCCGUCCAGCAGAUGGCGGAGCUGGCUGCCCUUCAACAUCAGGCUCUAGGCCUUCAGAACCAGCCCUCACUUCCAGCGUUAAAGGACUUCCUGCCCUCGUCAGAUGACCUCCGACAUAAAGCUGAAGAGAUCCAGCACUCCUUCCAGGCUCAGAUCGCUGCCAUGGAGUCUCUCAGCCCCCAAGAGGCCAAGAUCCGCUUCAUCGACUUCCUCACAAGCCUGCCACUGUUUGGCUCCAACACUUUCCUGGCCCAGAAGGUGAGCCAGCGGGGGUGUCCCUCCCCCUGCAUGGUCAGCAUCAGCCCCGACGGGGUCGUCUUCAUUAACCCCAAGACACAGGAGAAAAUCUUCAGGAUUCCUCUGGCAGAUGUUCAGUCCAUGCAAACCAUCCGCCCAAAGAAAAGAGGAAAAGUUCCUGCUGUCGACAUCAACUACGGAAAUGUGGCUAAGUUUAAAAAGGUCACUCUCCAUCUCAAACAGGCUAAAGAACUGUGCCACAUCCUGGCUCUGCUGAUGGAAGGGCUGAUGGAACCCGCCACCAGUUCAGUGUGACACCUCCAGUAAAAAACCCGACAGACGUUUCUGCAGUCUGGUAUGAGGGGAAGGGAUGACGAACUACCGUCAUUAUCUCUGAUUAUAGCAGGAGGAAACCAGGGGACAUGUCUGCAUGUCAGGGAAAUCAAAGCCUUAAGGUUAAUCCUUUACUGCCAUCCUGAACCAUCAUCUGAGUCUAUAUCUGAUCGAUCAAUAUUCAACAUGAAUGCACAAAAAUGUCUUGUAAUGGAAUUUUAAAAUAAAUGUAUUU